AUGAGUCAGACGGAGCCAGGGGCUGAAGAGCAGGCAGAAGACGAGCCGUCAAAGCUCACGUGUCAGCACGGACCCAGCUGGGGGCGCUCCUGUGCUCUAAGGCCCAGACAUCCUCUCCUCAGACAUACGAGCCCUGAGGAUUUCCCACCUCCACUUUACCAAGGAAAUGGGGGAUCCUGCAGGUCCCUGGUCCCACAGAAGGUAAGGAUGUGGGUGCCACUGGGGCUCCCUUGCUGCACUGCAGCCCAGGUGGGAGAGGUCUACGUACCCCUCUCCUGGGCCCUCUUCCAGCCAGCCCGGCCCCUCUGGCUGCUGAGCGUGGCUCAUGUGACAGUGCCGGCUUCUCUCCUCCAUGUACCAACACACCCAGGUCUUCCUGUGGCUCCCCCCAGGCUCCCACAUGCAAACCGGGGCCCUCGAUUGCUGUGCUGGGGUCUGCACUGGAGGAGCCAGCACUGCCCCCCAAGCCAUGCUGGCACCGGCCCCUCCUUGCUUGGGUAUGUGCUUUGCCCACAGGGAAGACCCAUCUGUACCCACCCUGCCCUGGCACUGACGAGCUGCCCCUCCUGGCAGGUGUCCCUGCAGUGCGAACUCUCCCAGCGCUACCUGGGUGGGGCCGAGGACAACGUCACCUGCUUUGCCCAGACCGUGAGUGAGGGCGAGAAGUGGAGCCUGCACCUGGCCCAGCACCCCAACGGGCACAUGCUGAACCCCGGCAAGCAGCGCUACAUGCGCUGCGACCAGCAGACCGGGCACAUGCGCUGCGACCGCGAUCUGCCCUGGGGGCCCGAGGCCGUCAUCACCCUCCACUUUGACCUCAAAGAGAAGAAGUACGGCCUGCGGAGCGGGGCUGGGAGCCUCCUGGCUGCCGACGGCUCACUACAGGCCGAGCUGUCCCCUCAGACGCUCUACUCCCUGGAGCUGCGGGGUGGCCUGCUGGCCCUGCGGGACACGGAUGGCAGGUACCUGACUGGGCGUGAGGGCACCGUCAAGACCUUCAAGACGGACAAGCCGGGGCGCGACGAGCUCUUUGCUCUGGAGCCCAGUGCUGCACAGGUCUCGCUGCGCACCUUUGCCGGGGGCCGCUUUGUCUGCUGCAGGCCAGGGGCUGACAUCUAUGCCAAUGCCAUGUCCGUCGGCAACACGGAGAUUUUCCAGCUGCUGCUGAACGAUGUCACCAAGCAGGCCUGCUUUCGCAGCUCCUCCGGCACCUAUCUCGCUGUGGGCCCCAAGGAUUCUGUGGUGAGCACCAGCACCCAGGACAAGGGGGUCUGGUUCUCACUCCAGUACCGGGAGCAGAGGGUGACCCUGCGAAUGGCUGACGGCAGACACAUGGCCACCAGACCCAAUGGGCAGCUGCUGCUGGUGCCCGAGGCGGCAGGCAAGGGGGAGGAGUUCCUGCUGCUGCUGGUGAACCGGCCCCUGCUGAUCCUGCAGAGCGAGGCGGGCUUCGUGGGGCUGUUCCCCGGGACGCAGCGCCUGGACGGAAACCGGCCAGCCUACGAUGCCAGCGCCCUGACACUCGGCGAGGACGGCUUCUGCCACUUCAGAAUCGCCAACAAGUACUGGAGCCUGGACCAGGACGGGCUGGUCAUGGCGAGUGGAGACCACCCCAGCAACUUCACCCUCCAGUUCGUCUCCUCCAGCUGCCUCGUGCUGAAGGCUCCCAACAGCAAGUACCUGGUGGCGGAGGCGGGGGGCCGCCUGUGGGCAGGGGCCUCAGACGCAGCCUCUGCCACGCCCUUCCGCUACUAAGGGUCUCUAGCCCCUGAAA